UUCCUGGUUGUAAGCUGUCAGCCAGACAGACGACGGCAGGACUCACGUCCAUCCCUUCAUCCCCCAGAGCCAGCUCCAAACAGCAAACUCCGGCCGAUGGCGUUCAGGAAGGCCCUGAGACGGACGGCCAUCGUCGGCGGUGGCGCGGUGGCCGCGGCGUUUGGCGUGUCGCAGCUGUUGGAGUACAGGAGGACGCAGGCUCGGUUAGCUCACGUGGCGGCGGAGGCGGAGCUGAGGGUUCCCUACGCCGAGGAGCUGCCGUCUCGGGCGGCGCAGAUCGCCGCGCUGAGAAACACGGAGGAGUUUGACGUGCUGGUCAUCGGAGGAGGAGCCACGGGGGCAGGAUGUGCCUUAGACGCCGUCACGCGCAAUCUCAAGACCGCCCUGGUGGAGAGAAGCGACUUUUCCUCGGGGACGAGCAGCCGCAGCACCAAGCUGAUCCACGGGGGCGUGCGCUACCUGCAGAAGGCCAUCAUGCAGCUGGACUACGAGCAGUACAUGAUGGUGAAGGAGGCCCUGCAUGAGCGAGCCAACCUGCUGGAGAUCGCGCCACACCUGUCUGCGCCGUUACCCAUCAUGCUCCCCGUGUACAAAUGGUGGCAGCUGCCGUACUUCUGGGCGGGGAUCAAGAUGUACGACCUGGUGGCCGGGAUCCACUGCCUGAAGAGCAGCUACGUCCUCAGCAAGGCCAAGGCCCUGGAGCACUUCCCCAUGCUGAACAGAGACAAGCUGGUGGGAGCCAUCGUCUAUUAUGACGGGCAGCACAACGACGCCCGCAUGAACCUGGCCAUCGCCCUGUCGGCCGCCCGCCACGGCGCCGCCGUCUCCAACUACACGGAGGUGGUGCAGCUGCUGAAGCAGAAGGAUGGAGAGACGGGGAAGGAGAGGGUCUGCGGCGCUCGCUGCAGGGACGUCGUCACGGGCCAGGAGUUUGACGUGAAGGCCAAGUGUGUGAUCAACGCCACCGGGCCGUUCACGGACUCUCUGAGGAAAAUGGACAACAAGGAAACCCUGAACAUCUGCCAGCCCAGCGCCGGCGUCCACAUCGUCAUCCCGGGUUACUACAGCCCAGACAACAUGGGUCUCCUGGAUCCGGCCACGAGCGACGGCCGCGUCAUCUUCUUCCUGCCCUGGGAGAACAUGACGGUGGCCGGGACCACCGACACCCCCACCAGCGUGACCGCCCACCCCAUCCCGGGAGAGGACGACAUCAACUUCAUCCUGAGUGAAGUCCGGAACUACCUGAGCCCCGACGUAGAAGUGCGCAGGGGAGACGUGCUGGCAGCGUGGAGCGGCAUCCGUCCCCUGGUGACGGACCCCGACUCCAAGGACACCCAGUCCAUCUGCAGGAACCACAUCGUCAGCAUCAGCGCCAGCGGCCUGGUCACCAUCGCCGGUGGGAAGUGGACCACGUACAGGUCCAUGGCCGAGGAGACUCUGGAUGCAGCCGUGAGGACUCACAGCCUGCCGGCCGAGCCCUGCAGGACGGUGGGGCUGAUGCUGGAGGGAGCCCGGGGCUGGACGCCCACGCUCUACAUCCGCCUGGUGCAGGACUACGGCCUGGAGAAGGAGGUGGCCCAGCAUCUGGCCUCCACCUACGGCGGGAAGGCGUUUGACGUGGCCAAGAUGGCUCAGGUGACGGGGCAGCGGUGGCCCAUCGUGGGGAAGAGGCUGGUGUCCGAGUUCCCGUACAUCGAGGCUGAGGUCCUGUACGCCAUCAGGGAGUACGCCUGCACCGCCAUCGACGUCAUCGCACGCCGGACCCGCCUGGGCUUCCUGAACGUGCAGGCCGCAGACGAGGCCCUGCCGCGCAUCGUUCAGAUCAUGGCCAAAGAGCUGGACUGGAGUCAGGAGAAGAAGACGGAGGAGCUGGACGCAGCUAGGAAGUUCCUGUACCAUGAGAUGGGCUACAGGUCCCGCUCCGAGCAGCUCACCAAGACCACGGAGAUCAACCUGGACUACCAGGAAGUGGUCCGGUAUAAGAAGCGUUUCCACAAGUUUGACAAAGAGUGUAAAGGCUUCAUCACCACCGUGGACGUCCAGCGAGUUCUAGAGAGCAUCAACGUUCACAUCGACGAGAACGCGCUCCAUGAAAUCCUUAAUGAGGUGGACCUGAACAAGAACGGACAAGUGGAGAUCGACGAGUUCCUGCAGCUGAUGAGCGCCGUGAAGAAGGGCCAAGUGUCCGACAGCCGGCUGGCCAUGCUGCUGAAGACGGCCGAGGAGACUCUGGAGAAAAGGGAGCCGGUGUCGGUGGACCGGAGCGGCGGCGGCGUCUGAGCAAGACCCGGCUCCUCCCAGGGCCGUGACGGCCACAAACCAGAGGAAACUAAAUAUGCAAAUGGACUAUUUGAAUGACAAUAUUGCAAUCAAGCAAACAGCAGGAUGAUUUGGGCCAAAUCAAGCGCCGUCCUCCGUGUGUGGGGGAGAUGAUGAUGAUGAGGACGCGUUUGUACUUUGUCCGGUGCCUGCGACAGCAUGACAUGAUUUUAUAACCAAAACCUUUUAUCUACUCAAACACACUUUCUUAACUCCAUCAGCAGUGUAAAUAUUGUCUUCAGAAGUCGGCUCAGAUUUUACCAUCAAUUUUACCUCUAUGGAUCCAAAUAUUU